GGCGCCGCCCGUAGGUGGCAGGCGCGGCUGAAGCCUGGCGUUUCCCGCCUCGCUCUCGUUGGGAUUUCUCCAGGGAAGGCGGGCGAGCAGCGUGCAGCCGGCCUCUCCUCAUUGCGCGUCUGUUUCCAAGUAGAGGCUCCCCAUUCCCCACCGCCCGCGCGCCUACGUGGGCUGAGCACACCGCGGCCUCGCUGCGGCGCCCAGGCUCGUUGUAGCAUCCCCGUCCCCGUCCUUGCCCAGUCGCCCUGCUGGCGGAGCGGUGACCGCCCGCCCCGCCAUUCCUCUGCUGCCUUCGCUACCGGCACCAUGGGCAGUGAGCAGAGCUCCGAGGCCGAGAGCCGACCCAACGAUCUGAACUCCUCAGUGACUCCUUCUCCAGCUAAGCACAGAGCCAAGAUGGAUGAUAUUGUGGUUGUUGCUCAGGGCUCCCAGGCCUCAAGAAAUGUCAGCAAUGAUCCUGAUGUCAUCAAGUUGCAAGAGAUUCCAACCUUCCAACCACUUUUGAAAGGGCUACUGAGUGGCCAAACUUCCCCAACAAAUACCAAGUUGGAGAAGUUGGAUUCUCAGCAGGUGUUGCAGCUCUGCCUCCGAUAUCAGGAUCACCUCCAUCAGUGUGCAGAGGCCGUCGCUUUUGAUCAGAAUGCUUUGGUUAAACGAAUCAAAGAGAUGGAUCUUUCUGUAGAAACUCUCUUUAGCUUCAUGCAAGAACGCCAGAAAAGAUACGCCAAAUAUGCAGAGCAGAUCCAGAAAGUCAACGAAAUGUCCGCCAUCCUCCGCCGUAUACAGAUGGGCAUAGACCAGACCGUGCCCCUGAUGGAGAGGCUCAACAGCAUGCUGCCCGAGGGCGAGCGGCUGGAGCCCUUCAGCAUGAACCCCGACCGCGAGCUCAAGCUGUAGCACCCCAGGCUGGCGUGCUGUGGGGACGGGCCUGGCACACCAGGACCCUGAGGACGUGUGGAACCGAAGUCCGAUGCUGUGACCGGGGCGCGAAGCCGGUUGAGGGGGAUGGGAACAGCCCCGCUGCCUGGACUCUUGUGUUGCCCCCCCCCCCCCCCCAUGCAGCUGUUCCCGGUGCGCAAGGCACCCAACCCGUUCUCAGUGGUGCCUGAAGUCGGAGUGGUCUUACUAGGAUUCUGCACAGAACUCUGCAUCAGGAAUUAUUUUUAUUUUGUUUAGAUUUUUUAAAUUGAGAGUGUAUAUUGUCUAGUCUGGCUAUGGAGAGAAGGGGAGAGAGAUUUUAAGAAGCUCUGUGUCCUUGAUGCCUCCAUGAAAUUUUACUCAAGGCUCCGGGUUACGGGUUCUAAACAUAAAGAACGAA